CUGGGAUUACCAUGCAUAUCUGAACCGCUGCUGUGGUACUUCUUCCUCUGUUUAACUCGCGCCUGUAUCGGAAUAGCCUUACCACCGAACCGUGGCAGAAACAAUCCCCUCCCUGUUGAAAGGGAGGUAUUACCCGUGCCCGGAGGAAGAAUGGGGCGUGUGACUCAUUCCGAUCUGCACAUAGAAAAUGUCAUGUUUGGAGACUGAUGACCCUGGGGAUAGACAGCCAACAUGCCACAGGACGGCACCUAUAUUAAAAAUUAUAGACUAUGGCGCAGCUCGUUAUGAAGACACCCCGGAAAGAGCACAACAAUGUAAUUUACACGACAUAGCAUAUUUAAUACAACAACUCGCGACUCUGAACCAUGAAGACCAAUUCUUCCCGCCCAUUUUCACACUUCGAGGGCAUUUCGGAUUAAACAACUUUAGAACAGAAACCAGCCAGGAAUUCAUCAGAUCUCCUUUGUAUAGCGAUGAUUUGAAACGUCUCGUUUGCGCGUGUAUGGCCGAGUCUAUCGGGAUGCGGCCGUUGUUAUUGCCGGUUCUUCAUGAAUGCCAGCGCAACGUUGAUUUGAUAGGGAACUGGAGGCGUCUGGCAGAUGAGAUUAGCGAGCUGUUUGAUGACGCUCCUAUACUCGAUGACGAUCCCAUGGAUCUGGAUUACGAGCCAUAGUCGCGAUCUGAAGGAAAGGAGACAUUAAGUAAAAUGACUUCACAACAUAGAUUCUUUGGUUUCUGGGCCCAUCUUACAGCACGGUAGAAAUCAUUGGAGUUUUGCUAUUAUACCUCAUAUCCGUGAAAAGAUCUAUAUAAGCGAAAU